AUGGCUAGGAAGCCUAGAGCAGCUGCUCAGGCAGCGGCUCAAUCUAUCAAAAAUGUCCCUCCACCCCCGGAACAAUCAGACGAAGAAAUGGCCGAAGCCGAAGCCCCCUCGCGAGAACCUUCCCCCGUAGAGGAGGAGGAGGAAGAGGAAGAAGAAGAGGAAGAAGUCAAAGAAGACGCGUCCGAGAAGGAACCAGAACCAGAACCAGAACAAACCGAACAAAGCGAACAGCCCGAAGAAGCCGAGCAGGAGCAGCCUCAAGAAGAAGCUGAAGCUGAAACCGCGACUCCAGCAGCCACAGCGACGCCAGCGCAGGAUUCGAAUACCCCGUCGCACCCGGAUUCGCCAUCUCGUCUGGGUCGACCUGCAAUUCCGCGAAAGCGCCGCAUUGGUCGUCCGCCGAAGAACCGCCCACCGGACUGGGAUUUGCAGGAUGACGGUGCCGCUCCGAACCAUGUCGGUACCCCUGCGAAGAGACGACGCGGCCGUCCGAAUGCCAGUGGUGGUCGAUGGGCGCGCAAUCGCGGAGCUUCGCAUGUGACGCAGGCCCCGGUUGACAAGGAAGGAAAGGCGAUGGAGAUUGCGAACGAUGAGGUGGUUCUGCCGGAAGAUGCUGAAGGAGAGACCAAGGUCGACAAUAAUGGCAACCUUUUGGGUGAUAGAGAGUACCGAGUCCGGACGUUCACGAUCCUCAGCCGCGGCGACCGCAAAUACAUGCUUUCCACUGAACCGGCACGGUGUAUUGGUUUCCGGGAUUCCUACCUGUUCUUCCAGAAGCAUCGCAUGCUCUACAAGAUCAUUAUCGACGACGAGGCCAAGCGCGACCUCAUCGACAGGCACAUCAUCCCCCACUCCUACAAGGGACGUGCUAUUGGUGUGGUGACGGCGCGGUCCGUGUUCCGUGAAUUCGGUGCCAAGAUUGUUGUUGGAGGUAGGAAGAUCACCGAUGAGUAUUACGUGCAACCUGCGCGCGAGCGUGGUGAGGUGGAAGGCGAGUUGGCAGUGCCAGAGGACAAACUCCCCCCACCAGGGGAGCCGUACAAUCGGAACCAGUACGUCGCAUGGCACGGUGCCAGCAGUGUUUAUCACACUGCAGGUCCGUCGAUUCCUCUGCCGACUGGCAAGGUUGUGGAUUCGAAGAAGCGCAAGGUGACGGUGACUGGCGUUAACUGGAUGAUGGAACAUGCGCGUGAAGCUAGCACAUACAACUCAUCCAUCCUCACUGCCCGACGCACAAACCUGGGAGGAUCCUACGAUAUCCAUACGAACGCAAUGCAAUACCCCAAGACCAUGCAAUCCACCCACGCACGUUGGGAGCGUGUCCCCCCGCCAGACCCCCGAGUCGCCUCUCGACUAGCCCAGGGCCUGUCAUCUCUAAGCCUGACAAACGGCGCCGACAGCGAAGAACCCGCCUCCAACGAAAACGAGGAGAAGGAUGAGAACAUGGACGAAUCCCAAGACCAACUUGACGAAACUACCUCCACCAAACAAACCGAACCAGACACCACCACGCAAUCCCCCUUCCCAGCCGUGCCCGCUCCCUUUUCCCGCCGCUUCGCCAUCCACGACAUCCACUAUGAAACACCACCCCAUUCCAACCUCGGCAUCCCAGGCCCAGACGGUGACGUCCACGAUCUCGGUUCGAAUGGCCUCAUCAGCACCGCCAACCUGCAGCAUCCCGAAUUUGUUACUCCGGAGAUCCUCGACGAGUUGCCAUCGGAUUGUAGAGAGGCGUUGCUGGAGUCUGCUGCGAGCGAGUGGGAGUGGAAAGAGAGAUGGGGCAACGAGGGGAGGGAUGCGGCGAGGACGACGCCGCUGAAGAGUUACGCGUGGUUUCCAUGA